AGGAAGCAAACAUGGCGAAGGCCGCUGAUAAAAGUGUAGGCAGCGGGAAGAAAGGCCUGAAACGAAAAGCCAUUAAUGAAGAGCCCCAGGAGGCUGCAGUCGCUAAGAAAAAGCUUAAAAAGGAAAGAGAGGCUCUUGGUGAUAAGGCUCCACCAAAACCUACACCCAAGACCAUUGACAACCAGCGAGUGCCUGAUGAAACCAUAGUAGACCCUAAUGAUGAAGAGGUUGCAUAUGAUGAAGCUACAGAUGAAUUUUCAUCUUACUUCAAUAGACAGACUUCUCCCAAGAUUCUCAUUACAACAUCUGAUAGACCUGAUGGGAGAACUGUGCGACUCUGUGAACAGCUCUCUACAGUUAUACCAAAUGCACAUGUUUAUUAUAGAAGAGGACUUGCUCUGAAAAAAAUUAUUCCACAAUGUAUUUCCAGAGAUUUUACAGAUUUAAUGGUUAUUAAUGAAGAUCGUAAAGUACCAAAUGGGUUAAUUUUGAGUCACUUGCCAAAUGGCCCAACUGCACAUUUUAAAAUGAGCAGUGUUCGUCUACGUAAGGAAAUUAAGAGAAGAGGCAAAGACCCCACAGAACAUAUACCUGAAAUAAUUCUAAAUAAUUUUACAACGCGGCUGGGUCAUUCUGUUGAACGUAUGUUUGCAUCGCUCUUUCCCCAUAAUCCUCAGUUUGUUGGAAGGCAGGUUGCCACAUUCCACAAUCAACGAGAUUAUAUCUUCUUCCGGUUUCACAGAUACAUAUUCAAGAGUGAAAAGAAAGUGGGAAUUCAGGAACUUGGACCACGUUUUACCUUAAAAUUAAGAUCUCUUCAGAAAGGAACCUUUGAUUCUAAAUAUGGAGAAUAUGAAUGAGUCCAUAAGCCCCGAGAAAUGGAUACAAGUAGAAGAAAAUUCCAUUUAUAAAAUACUGAGGGAGCAGUAUUGGAUUUUGCUGAACACCUAUCUUGAAUUGGUGACAGAAGACCAUUUUCAAAAGAGCAUUUCCUAAUUUUUUAAACCUUCUUUCAUGUCUGGACAAAUUACCAAGAGCCUGCCACAAAUUCCGUUUUUGUUUAUGAUACAGCAAAUACAAAUAAAAGUCAUUUUGGU